GCUUAGGCGUGCUUAGUGGUGGUAUAAAACGGAGUUGAUUUCUUGAUAGAUUCAGUUGAUACAUUAACAGCAAGAUGUGGACAGGCAGUGUAGUGUUGACACUUGUGUGUAUCGGUACGGCGUUAGGUCUGCCAGCGUUUUCUAACUACCAUAACAAGAACAACCAACCUGACAAAGAUGUCCCGGUGAUUAACUUACCUGGAGGGAACAAAGAUGUCCCGGUGAUUAACUUACCUGGAGAGAACAAAGAUGUAUAUUUUCAGCAUAUGAGACUCCCUCUCAGUACUUUUGUCGGUGAAAACAAAGUUGAAUAUGCUUGCUCAGCUUUCCGACUUAAACCAAACGAAUAUAUUGUUGAAUAUCUACCACUUGGAAAACGAGAUGACACAUAUCACAUAACCAUCAGUGUGUGUGACGCCCCCUACGAUGAUUCGCCUGUUUGGGAAUGCAUGAAGCCUUCACGUGUUUGCAAAGGACAGAAAAGGGAGGUCAUGUAUGCCUGGACCAACGGGGCUCCGGGCUGGACCUUACCAGAAAUUGCCGGGGUGUACACUGGAGACAAACCCAAGUACAUUAUCCUACAAGUCCAUGGACGAGACGAUAUCUCCAAUGAACGAGCGGCAGACUUCGCACAUUUACGGUUGAAAAUAAAAACCACAAGACCACCGCUAGAUGCUGCUAUUGGUAUAUACUCUGUCGGUGGCUUUGUCCCUGCUCAUGUGGAGAAUUUCACUGCUGAUGUUGCGUGUGAAUGGAACAUGACCAAGCCCUCACCUAUUUUGUCAUAUGGUUUACAUACACACAGCAGAGGUAUAGCACAAUCGGGCUACAUUGUUAGGAACGGCGAGUGGAUUGAGAUUGGACGUGGUGAUCCAUUGUACCCUCUGGUAUUGUUUGACGUCACAGAUAGAAACAUGUGGCUUCAACCAGGAGAUAUAAUCGCAUCGAGAUGCACGUAUCGUAAUACAGGAGACUCACAAAUACCCAUGGGGUUCACUCACUUGAAGGAGAUGUGCAACUUAUUCCUGCAUUAUGGCGUACUCCACGACAGUCUUGAUCAGACAAGGUCCUUGUCUUGCAGUGCCAGCGCACAGGAGUCUGCAUGGAAAGUAUUCGACAACAUUCCAGCCGACGCUAGCGACCCUAGCGGCGACACGGACCAAGCUCGAUACGUCAAACAGUAUCAUCUUACUCACAACUACUAAACACUAGAAAGAAAUCCGUCACACUGUUCUUAUAAAGAUCACUUAUUUAAUAUGUCUCGGGUAAAUUUUCGCUACAUUGCUGUAUAAAUAUUCCUGACAAUAAACAACGACACCUACCUACCUUUCUAUUCAGGAGUGGGAAUGAUAUAGCCAACACCUCUGCAUUGAUAGGAGAUCACACUGCAGGAAAAUACUACGAGCCAGUCAUUGGGACUUUUCCCUUGUUACUUCGUGUCUGUUCUUCAUUGUGAUAAGCCUUUUUAUAGUAUUGUAUAUUUUAAAACUAAAUAUAACAUGUAUAUUGAUUAAAUUGAAUUCCUGGCAAAUUUACUUCAAUGUGUUUCAUACCAUAUGUAUUAGCAUGGCUGACAGAGGAAUACUGGAAAUGUUUACUCUGUUCUAGCACAUCGCUUUAAAUCCGGGUUUUUAUUGACAUCCAUGUAGUAUGUCCUUUAUGUUGAUUUUCUUCGGUUACUGUUGUCCGCCAGUAUCGAUGUUGAUAUUACAAUCUGCCUCUUAUUUGUACUGACGCUGUGAUAUAGAGGUAGCAGGCAGUGACAAUUCUUUGUCAUAUUUAUUUUACAUGAAUUUGUCAAUAAAACAAUUUCAAAGGUUACUUAA